UAUUGUAAUAUGUACUUAGACUUUUGAUCAUACUAUAUACUAUUUUAAUGUGUAAUUUUUGUGUUAGCCAAGAGGGUGCUCCGAGAGAAGUUGAAACCGUCUGUCGCAAGCCUGAUACAUGUUAUCAACUCCUGACCUUUUAACACUUCGAUAACAUGUUCCCCCAAGCUGGAGAGAAGAGUGUCUAGUUUUUUGGUUCGUCCACGCGCUAUGCCGCACGUACACAACUGAACCUUUAAACUAUGUACUCAUGACUCCCCCACCCUCUUUGGCCCUCUUUUUAAAGUUUAAUAUAUAAUACCAGUAAGAUUAAAAACAGGAGGAGACUUCUUCAAAAACUUGUACUGUAUACACACUGUAUAUACUAUCUACAUCUUUUACUUCUUUUAAUAAAAACUUAGUAUAAUUGUUGAGCAUAGAAAUUCGUCUUCAAUUAGUGGGUUCCUUACCCGCCUUACCCAGCAAGAAGAUAUUACAUGGUGUCAGAAGUGGGAUAUCUUUGAAGACAACAGCUGGAUUCGAUUCGCAAGAAACGUUUGGUUUAAAGCUCAACAAUUUGGAAGUUCACACCAUCUGGACCUAGGGAGUCCUGCUUCGAGAGGUGUCCGAGAAGCCAGGAGUUACUCCAGAGUCUACGCCUAGGAGGAAGCGGUGCGCAACGCUAUUCAGAGAGGAGAACUUCGCUAAGUUGGUAGCAACAAGGCUUUGGAGACGCACUACGACCCGAUAUCCCCAGGGAAGUCGCAGUCACGCCCAUUGCAGCUGGUGCCGCGAGAUACGGCGAGAGGCAACCCCAGGGACGAGCCUCGAACCGAGAACUGCAUCGCUUGGAGCUACUCUACCUUACUUUUCUGUAAAAGGAAGGACAAGAUGAAAACAAUUCGUCUGUGGAUUGUCGGAAUUAGUCUCUUCCUUUGUUGUGAGUGUUUAAAGCCUGAACUUGUAGAAGUUAUAACAUCUGAAACAGGUAUUUAUUUUGACGAAGUGGGCCAGAUCUCAUUCUACCCCAUGACAUGGAAGGUUGUAAGUUACAUUGAUUUGAAACCGACACGUGAUCUCUGGAGAAAAGUAAAAGAGCACCAGAAACGCGUUUCGCAAUACUGCCAUGGGUUAGAAAGCGCUCCCUGGUACCACCUGACAGAUUGUAAUUCUUUUAAAGCAUAUGUUAACAAAAAGGUCUAUUACAUUGAUUCUUUGAAAGACCUAGUAGCAGAAUACCUGAAAACAGAUGUAUCUUACCGAAGGAAGCGAGGGGUUUUAGACUUUGUAGGUGAAAUUUCCAAGAUUCUGUUCGGAACCUUGACGCAAGCAGAUGCAAGAGAGUACAAUUCACACAUUAAUCAGUUAGAACGCGAACAACAAGAGUUUUUACAUAUUUCUUCCGAACAGAUGACAGUAAUCAAAUCUACUGUUAAUUCAGUGAAUUUGACAAUGAGACGUAUAAAUCAAAAUGAAAAAGUUUUAAAGGACAGCUUAAUCAAAUUAGACAAAAAAGUAAGUAAUGCCACUCUUGAAUUACAACAAGAAAUAGAGCAAGUGACUACGGCCAAUAUGCAAAUUAAGACUAUAGAACGAGGGUUAAUGGAAUGUCAGCAUGGAUAUGAAAUUUUAGUAGAUGCAUUGAUUCAUGCAGAACAAGGGACGUUUCAACCGCAAUUCGUAACUGCCGAGAAGAUCAAAACAGUUGUAACAGCUCAAAAGUUGCCUACUGGAGUUGACUAUCCUUCAUUUCCUUUUUCAGAGUUACAGCACAUUAUUGUACCUCAUAUCUAUUCACACAACCAAUUUCUCGUGUAUGUACUUGACAUACCCUUGCUCUCCUCAACACUAUUCCAUCUGUAUAAAAUACUCCCUUUUCCUACAUUCAAACAAGAUAAUGUGUUUUCUUUUAUAUAUUCCUCGAAAGAUUAUAUAUUUAUGGAUUCUCUGAAAAGACAGUAUGGUAAACUAUCCACUAAUGAAUUAACUAGAUGUUUUCACCCAAAUCCUAUACAGAAAGUUUGUAAAGAAGAGAUACCAAUACUGUCGUAUAUACCUGGAAAUGAUUGUGAAUCCACUCUACUUCAUCCCUCAUCACAAAAUAUUCCCCCUACCUGUGAAAUUAGAGUGUUAAGACUAACGAAGACCUAUUGGAUACCCUUAUCCUUCAGUAAUCAAUGGCUCUUUGUAACCCCGAAACCUGAGAAACUUUCUGUUAUUUGUGAUGAUAUCACAAAGCAGGUAGAAAUAAGACAAAAAGGUAAAUUGACAUUACAACAACAAUGUAAAGCUUAUACCACUUAUGUGACCUUGUAUGCUAUGAGUACAAAUGUUGUAAAUGUUUCCCAAGAUUUUGUACCUACCAUUCCCCUCGACUUAAAUUGUUGCCUAACCUUCGAAAAAGCGAAAGAGUUUGAAGAAAUACCUUUGUCAGUACCUUUAAGUAAUAUACUCGCAUCUGCAGAUGAUCUCAGACUGGCCAGUCACAAGGUAAAUGAGGUGGAACAGAUGAUUAAGGAACAGAGAAUGAAAGAUUAUUCGCAAUGGUAUAUUCAUGUCACUUCCUGGAGUGCAAUUGUGAGUUUUAUUGUAUUUAUUGUAUUCUCAUGUUGUUGCUGUUGUAAAAGUUGUCGUACAUGUUGGUUUAAGAUUUGGGACAAAUGGACCCCAAAAACUUGUUGGAAAGAAACUACUGAACGCCUGUGUAUUAACAUAACAAAUGUGCAAGGUAAGCAGCCGAGCAUUCGCUAUGGCAAAACAACACACACCUCUCCGCCUCCAUCACCCUCAUAUUCCGCUCGUGAACCCAAUACUUUGACCCCAAUGAUAGAAGAUGGUAAUGAAGAAACACGAUUACAACCUCCUGCAGCAUCCCUUCGUCGUCCCUUAUGUCCAAACGAGAGAAACUUCCGAUAAUGAGAGGAAAAGUCUGGUUCAAUAUAACCAAACUUUUAAGAAGAAGGGGAGUGUAAUAUUGUAAUAUGUACUUAGACUUUUGAUCAUACUAUAUACUAUUUUAAUGUGUAAUUUUUGUGUUAGCCAAGAGGGUGCUCCGAGAGAAGUUGAAACCGUCUGUCGCAAGCCUGAUACAUGUUAUCAACUCCUGACCUUUUAACACUUCGAUAACAUGUUCCCCCAAGCUGGAGAGAAGAGAGUCUAGUUUUUUGGUUCGUCCACGCGCUAUGCCGCACGUACACAACUGAACCUUUAAACUCUGUACUCAUGACUCCCCCCACCCUCUUUGGCCCUCUUUUUAAAGUUUAAUAUAUAAUACCAGUAAGAUUAAAAACAGGAGGAGACUUCUUCAAAAACUUGUACUGUAUACACACUGUAUAUACUAUCUACAUCUUUUACUUCUUUUAAUAAAAACUUAGUAUAAUUGUUGAGCAUAGAAAUUCGUCUUCAAUUAGUGGGUUCCUUACCCGCCUUACCCAGCAAGAA